AUGGUUGACGUUGAAACAACAGCUAUUACCGCUUCGUUUGUUAUUUGGCACUGCGUCUUGUUAUUCUUUGUUCUCGGUAUAAUUGGUCAUUUGCUUAAUUUCUACGUGCUCACUCGACGUAAACUUCGUUCGAGUCCAUGCACUCUCUAUUUUCUUGCAGCGACUGCGGCCGCCUGUGUUGUAGUAUGGAUUAUGCUUCCUUGGCGUUUUCUACAAUAUGCUUAUAAUAUUGAACCAGCUUAUUAUUCGUCAGCCAUCUGCAAAAUAGAAUAUUAUUUGAAUAAUACGACUAGAGCUAUGGCUUCUUGGUUUCUUGGCUUAGCUUGUAUGGAUCGAUAUUUCUGCAGUUCAAGCAAUGUUCGUAUGCGUCACUUUAGUAGUGUACGCAUGGCUCGUAUUAUUAUAAUAUCAUUCACUUUGGUCAUGUUCAUAAUUCAUAUUCAUGUACCUAUCUACAAUAUCGUUGGUACUGGCCGUACACCCGUACCUUUUAGUCAAGUGUCAACAAUAUGUACUAUUACAACCGGCUUUUAUGCAACCUUUAGUCUCUAUUGGUUUUUCAUUGUCUAUGCUUUCUCUCCACCUGUUAUCAUGCUUAUUUUUGGUUUACUUACUUUAUUCAAUAUUCAUCAACGUCGUCGACAAAUUCUACCCAAUGCAUCUGAUAUUAAUAAUCGCAAGAGAGAGAAAACUUCGAGACAAAUGUUAAUCAUGCUCAUUGUACAAUGUACUUUCAUAACUAUUUGUACCAUGCCAACAGCUUUACAACGCUUUUACACCUACUUUACGUCGACACAACAAAAGAGUACAACACAGAAAGCAUUGGAUCAGUUAUUUCUUACUACUACCCUUGCACUUGGCUUUAUUGGACAUUCACUUACCUUCUAUAUGUUCACUCUUUCUGGAUCCAUGUUUCGAGAUGAAGUUAAACAAUUGAUUACAAAAAUUCCAGGAUGCAAACGAGUCUUUGCUACAACGCGUACACAAACAACAACCAAUGGGAUGCUGCCAGUUUCACAUGAACAAAGAAAUCUGGCAACAUUACGAAACUAUCAAACAACCAGAGUAACAACAAAUGCACUUAUCAAUGAAUGA